UACCUAUGCUUAGAAACAAUCCCUCUCAACAUUUCUUGUAACAACUACUAGUAUUGCAGCCACCAACAAUGAUGCUUCCAUGCAAGCCAUUCUACAAAACAUGCCAGUAGGCUUUGUUCUUACUUGCCAUUGUGUUGCUUUCAUCCUUCCAAGUCUUGGCUUCCACCCCAUCUACAACUUCUUUCACUUCUGCUAGAAAUGAAUCAGAGGCCCUUCUAAAAUGGAAAGCCAGCCUCUCCAAACACACCCAAUCUCUCCUACCUUCAUGGGUCGUCUCCAAUGGGACUUGCCAUUGGGAAGGAGUCACUUGCAGCAAAUCCGGAAGCAUCGUCAGCUUGGACCUCUGGGGUCAUGGUUUGAGAGGUACACUUCACAGUCUCAACUUCUCUUCCUUACCUGAUCUCCUUACUCUUCAGCUAGGAGAUAAUUCGCUUUCCGGAACAAUCCCUACUAACAUCAGCAGCCUCUCCAAACUCACCACUCUCAUCUUGUCCUACAAUAAGCUCUUAGGAAAUAUUCCUUCUGAGAUAGGCUUGCUGAAUAGUCUUAGUAUAUGUGACCUGGGUGCAAAUUUUCUAACUGGCAUUAUCCCUACCACUAUAGGGAGCUUGAGGAACUUGACAAUUCUUUACCUUUAUGAAAAUAAACUUUCAGGUUCCAUACCUCUAGAAGUUGGGAGUCUUAGAUCACUCAGUGACCUUGACAUGUCAAGUAACACUCUAAAUGGCACAAUUCCUGCUUCUAUUGGGAACUUGACUAAUCUAUCAUUUCUUAACCUUUUUGAAAAUAAACUCUCUGGCUCCAUACCUUGGGAAAUAGGGAAACUAAGACAUCUUUCUAAACUUUCUUUCCAUGGAAACAUUCUUACAGGUUUUAUUCCUACUUCCAUUGGAAACUUCAGUAAUUUAUCUAUUCUUUAUCUUUAUGAAAAUCAACUUUCGGGGUACAUACCUCUAGAAAUUGGGAAUCUUAAAUCACUCCGUAAGCUUGACAUGUCAAGUAACAAUCUAAAUGGUACAAUUCCAACUUUUGUUGGGAACUUGACUAAUUUAUCUGGUCUUUAUCUUUUUGAAAAUAAGCUCUCGGGCUACAUACCUCAAGAAAUAGGGAAAUUGAGACAUCUUUCUGAGCUUUAUUUGUAUGAAAACAUUCUCACAGGUUUUAUCCCUACUUCCAUUGGAAACUUGUCUAAUCUAUCCUUUCUUUACCUCUAUGCAAAUAAACUCUUCGGCUCCAUACCAGAAGAAAUUGGACUCUUAACAUCUCUAAAAGAACUAGCCUUUUCAAAUAAUACGCUGACAGGCACCCUCCCCACUUCAAUACAAAAGUUAUCAAACCUUUCCACUCUCUCGCUUCGCUCCAAUGGUUUGUCUGGAAUCAUACCUCAUGAAAUCGGAUCUCUAAAUUUACUCAAUGAUUUUGAUUUGUCAAUCAACAACCUUAUCGGUACAAUUCCUCGGUCCAUUGGCAACUUGCAAAAAUUAACUCGUGUUGGUCUUGCUUACAACAAACUCUCUGGCACCAUUCCACCGGAGAUAAGUAAUCUCACUCGGUUGCAGUUUUUGGUAUUAUUGGGAAAUAACUUCACUGGUCAUUUACCAAAACGCCUAUGCCACAGUGGAUCACUUACAAAACUUGCUGUCAAUGAGAAUCAUUUUCAAGGUCCAAUCCCGAAAAGCUUGAAAAGCUGCACCAGUUUGAUUAGAGUCAGGCUAGAAAGGAACCAUUUCGUCGGAAAUCUAUCGGAAAGUUUUGGCAUAUAUCCUCACUUAAACUACAUAGAUUUGAGUGACAAUAAUCUGCAUGGCGAGGUUUCAUGGAAAUGGGGGCGUUGUCACAAUCUCACAAGCUUGAAAAUGGCAAGGAAUAAUAUUUCUGGUCGAAUUCCAACAGAGCUUGGAAAGGCAACUAACCUUUCUUUACUUGAUCUCUCCUCAAACCAUCUUGUUGGAGAGAUUCCGAAGGAAUUGGGAAAGUUGACAUCAUUAUUCGAACUUGAGCUAAGUGGUAAUCAACUUUCAGGCAAUAUACCAAUAGAGAUUGGCAUUCUAUCAAAGUUAACAAAUCUCAAUCUUGGAGCCAACAGUCUAAAUGGUUAUAUUCCAGGAGAACUAGGAGACUGCAAGAAGCUAUUGAAAUUGAAUUUGAGCUGGAAUGGAUUCUUGGAAGGAGUUCCAUCUGAGAUUGGCAAAUUACACUUCCUCCAAAGCCUUGAUCUAAGUCACAAUGCGCUAAUAGGAGAGAUUCCUCCUGGCCUGGGAGAAUUGAAAACCGUAGAAACCUUGAAUCUCUCACAUAAUAAGCUCUCCGGUAGCAUCCCAUCAAGUUUUGGUGAUUUGUUAAGCUUGACUUCCAUUGAUAUAUCCUACAACCAGUUAGAGGGUCUUGUUCCUGACAUUGGAUCUUUCCACGAAAAAGUGCCCUUCGACGCAGUUAGAGAUAACAAAGGUUUGUGUGGAAAUGUUAUUGGUUUGAAGGCUUGUCCAACAUCAACCAACCAUCGUCGAGAAAAGAAGAGAGGCAAAGGAGUUGUGAUCGUAGCCACAAUCCCAAUUGUAUGUGUUCUUUUGCUGCUGCUAAUCAUUUUUGUGACUUUUUUCGCUCUUGCCAAAAGACAACGAAACAAAGAGAAUAAACAAAGGGAAGGACCAAAUCUGAAUCCAUUCACAAUAUGGAGCUAUGAUGGAAAGUUGGUGUAUGAGAACAUUAUUGAAGCGACUGAAGGAUUUGAUUCCAAGUAUUGCAUUGGAGUGGGAGGGAAUGGAAGUGUGUACAAAGCUGUAUUAUCAAUUGGACAGAUUGUGGCUGUGAAGAAACUACAUCAACUACCAGACUGUGAAGUUGCAAAUUCAAAAUCUUUUACAAGCGAAAUUCUUGCUUUGACAGAAAUCCAGCAUCGGAAUGUUGUCAAGUUUUAUGGUUUCUGCUCACAUUCGCGGCAUUCGCUUUUGGUUUACGAGUUUUUGGAUCGAGGGAGCUUGGAAAAGAUACUUUGUGAUGAGGAACAAGCAAUGACAUUUGAUUGGAUUAAGAGAGUGAAUGUUGUGAAAGGUGUAGCCAAUGCUAUUUCCUAUAUGCACCAUGACUGCUCACCUCCUAUAGUUCACAGGGACAUAUCAAGCAAAAACGUUCUGUUGGAUGAAGAUUAUGGAGCUCAUGUCUCUGACUUUGGCAUUGCAAGAAUUUUGAACCCUAACUCAACCAAUUGGACUUCAUUAGCAGGCACAUUAGGGUACACCGCUCCAGAACUUGCUUAUACAAUGGAGGUGACCGAAAAAUGUGAUGUUUAUAGCUUCGGGGUUUUGGCGUUGGAAAUACUGGUAGGGGAGCAUCCGGGGGAUCUCAUCUCAUCUAUGUCAUCGUUGUCGUCUUCUUCGUCUUCAACAGUACAUCAUUUGCUAUUGAAGAAUCUGUUGGACCAACGUCCUUCAUCUCCCACGAAUCCAGCAGGAAAGGAAGUGGUGACUGUUGCAAAAAUAGCAGUCUCAUGCUUACAAUCCAAUCCGCAAUAUCGGCCCUCUAUGCAACAAGUUUCUCAGGAGUUAUCAACUCAAAGACGCACUGUGCAGAAUCAAUUUCACUCCAUUACAAUGGGACAGCUACUUGAUGUUGAGUAUUGAUUCUGCAUGUUGAAAAUUUGCACUCAUAAUUGUAGCUGUUUUAGAGUUGCAUGUGUUGAUACUUGCUAGUACUAAUCUAAACCAUCUUAUAUGAGAUAAAUAAUAUUUGAGCUAGCCAUGCCCGAA